GGCGGCGCGGCGACCAGUGCGCGGAGAGCGCGGGGUCCUGGAGCCGCGCGUGCGGAGGGCUCGGCGUGCGGCGGGACCUCGCCGGGCCAUGGCACCUCCUGUCAAAGGGAAAAGGAAGCAGUCAGAAGGGGGUGACACCCUAGAGCCACCCGUGUCCCCUCAACCUGAUGGUGAGGACAGCAGCAGCCACAGCCCCAUCCAGCUGGAGGACCCCCCUGAGGCAGGCGGGGAGCGGGAGGAGGAACAGGCCUUCCUGGUCAGCCUCUACAAGUUCAUGAAGGAGCGACACACGCCCAUCGAGAGGGUGCCCCAUCUUGGCUUCAAGCAGAUUAACCUGUGGAAGAUCUACAAGGCAGUGGAGAAGCUGGGGGCCUAUGAGAUGGUGACUGGCCGGCGCCUCUGGAAGAACGUGUACGACGAGCUGGGGGGCAGCCCAGGCAGCACCAGCGCGGCCACAUGCACGCGCCGCCACUACGAGAGGCUGGUCCUCCCGUAUGUGCGGCACCUGAAGGGGGAGGAUGACAAGCCGCUGCCUCCCUCCAAGCCUAGGAAGCAAUACAAGAUGGCCAAGGAGCCUCGGGGAGAUGACAGCGCUGCUGAGAGGCCGAAGAAGGCCAAGGAGGAGAAGCCGGUGGGCCAAAUGAUGCCAGGAAAGGUGAAGACAGAUGUUGACCUGGCGAGGCCCCUGAGCCAGGAUCCCCCCCAGGACGGCAUGGAGCAGCUGGGCCCAGCCCCUGGGUCCUCUCUGCCCUUCGUGGGUGCCAGCAGCUGUCCUGAGGCCUACAAGCGGCUCCUGUCUAGCUUUUACUGCAAAGGGACACAUGGCAUCAUGUCACCACUGGCCAAAAAGAAGCUCCUGGCCCAGGUGAGCAAGGCAGAGGCCUUGCGAUGCCAGGAGGAGGGCUGUCGCCACGGGGCAGGCAGCCCUAAUGGGGAACCCCAGGCGUCCCCAGCUGCUUGCCUCCUGGAGAGUCCUCACAGCCCAGGAGGGCCACCCGAGAACCCCAGGCACCGGCUGGCCCCUCAGGAGGGAUCCCAGGCCCUUGGUGGCAGCCUCAGGGAGGAGGCUCGGGCGAGCUCCCACCCACCAGCCCCCAUCUUCACGGGCUGUUUCCACGCCUACCCCACCAAGGUGCUGAAGCCCAUCAGCCAGCACCCCCGGGACUUCUUCCCUCAUCUCAAAGACGGGGUGCUCUUGGGGCCCCCUGGCCAAGCGGAGGGGCUGCCAGUCAAAGAGCCACCGCUGGUGUGGGGUGGGGACGUAAACCGCCCCUCUGCGUUCCACAAAGGCAACUCCAGAAAGGGCAGCCUCUACCCCAAGCCCAAAGCCUGCUGGGUGACCCCCAUGGCCAAGGGCCCCGCCGAGAGCCCCGUGCCCCUGCCCACCUUCCCUAGCAGCUCAGGCCUCAGCAAGCGCAGCCGGGAGGAAGAGGGCUUUGCCCCUGGUGGCAAAAAAAUGCGGGCAGUGUCUCCCUUUCGCAAGGAGAUGGACACCAAGGAGUAUGGGGCCAAGUCGGUGGGGCCCGGCUUGGCCGUCUCCUGCCUACUGGGCCCGGCCCUGGGGCCUGGCUUCCCGGACGCCUACAGGGGCACCAUGCUGCGUUGCCCACUGAACUUUGCCAGCACCCCGGACCCCUUAAAGGGCCCGGCCUCACUCCCCUUCAGCCCCCUGAUCAUCCCAGCCUUCCCGGCUCACUUCCUGGCCACCACGGCCCCUUCACCCAUGGCCGCUGGCCUGAUGCACUUGCCCCCAGCAUCCUUCGACGGUGCCCUCCGCCACAGACUCUGCCCGGCCUCAUCUGCAUGGCAUGUGCCACCUGCCACAACCUAUACAGCACCCCGCUUCUCUUUCCACCUCAACACCAAGCUGUAGGUUGGAGCCUACAGCACUGCUGUGCUGUGCUGCGUUCUGGAGGGUCUCGUGUGGCCCGAGGUGGGGGCACUGCCGGGGGGCUCUGGGCCUGCGCCUGUUCCGCAGGAGAGCUCGGCUGUGCCCGACACAGGACUGGGCCCUGGCGGGCGCCUGACAGGGAGGCCGUGGGAAGACGGGGCUUGUCUCAAGGUAGCAGCCUGCGCCUGGGGGCUGGGGACCUGGUUGGAAGGCCUUGGGAGGAGGGGGCAGGGCGUGCAGCUGGGGCCCUGUACUGGGGCAAGCGACUGGGUGAGGGGUUGAGAAGCUGGACAGCAGCUUGAGGCAUCCAGGUGUCCACAGAAAAACCGAAUAAAAUGUGUGA